CAGUCCACUACACACGCUAACCCCACCGUCAUCGGAUAUUAAUGGCGGUUAAUACGUUCAUAGUCAGCGGGACCUUUAAGAACUAGGCAAUAUUCCCCGCUUCACAAACUUGACAAAACUCAAGGGAUCUGCUGCGAGCGCAUCGCGCGGGGGUGUAAGGAAUUUCUCCUCGAACACAAAGAAUCGCUGUAUAGACCGUAGGGUGACCAUCAAGGUUUUUCUUGCAUUGCCCUUUUUGCUACCUGUACACUAUACACAAGCACUAAGACCCAUUGGUCCGUAUACAGCACUAAAGAUGGCCUCGAAGCUGCACAGUGCCCCGCCGUUCCGUGCGGAGCACAUGGGCUCGCUGCUGCGUCCCGAAAACCUCUUGGAAGUGCGGGCUACAAUCCGCGACAAGGGCAUUUCUGAGGAAGAGGCCGGUUUGCCGCCAGUCGAGAAGGCCGCUGUCAGUGAUGUUGUCAAGUUGCAGCGCGACUUGGGUUUCAAGGCUGUUAAUAGUGGCGAGUAUAACCGUACCCGAUUUUGGGGUUUAAUGUGGGAUGAGUUCGAGGGUACCGAGGUACUCCAAGAAGCUGAAGCUUCUAUGUUCAGACUGUAUCACCCCGAUGUCGUGAGUCUGAUCGAGAAAGACAGAAAGGUUAUGCCAGGUGACUCCGUCAUUGCGGGAAAGAAGCUCUCCCACAGCCCUCAAAAGUCCAAGUCCAACCUACAUGAGUUGAAACUCGUCCAGGCUGCGCUGCCGGAGAGUGAAUGGAAGGACAUCAAGCUCACCAUGAUUACCCCGGCAUGGUUUCACAUGAGAUACAAGCAGGGCAAGGCCUACACCCCUGAGGCUUAUGCAAAUGACACCGAGUACUUUGCAGAUGUCGCCAAGGUCUACCAGGCUGAGCUUGAAAUGCUCUACGAGGCUGGCCUACGUAACGUCCAGUUCGACGACCCCGGCAUGGCUUACUUCUGCUCUCAAAAGUUCCGUCAAGGAUGGGAAGAAGACAAGGACAACACCACCUCUGUUGAGGAUCUCCUGGAUGCUUACAUCAAGCUGUACAACGACUCUAUCAGCAAGCUGCCAGAGGACUUCCACACUGGCAUACAUCUGUGCCGCGGAAACUUCAUUGGCGGUCGCCACUUCGCCGAGGGGGCUUACGACAUCAUCGCAAAGAAGCUCUUCGAGAAUCUAAAUGUCAACACCUUCUACUUGGAGUACGAUACUGAGCGUGCCGGUGGUUUCGAGCCGCUCAAGUAUCUACCUAAGAACAAGAAUGUCGUUGUUGGUGUCAUCAGCACGAAGUUGCGCGAGCUGGAAGACAAGGAGGCCACGAAGCAGCGCAUCUACAAGGCUGCUGAGUUCGUGGCCGAGGGCAGCGGCGAGACAAAGGAGGAGGCAUUGAAGCGAAUCUGUCUCAGCCCUCAAUGCGGUUUCUCGACACACGAAAGCGGAUACCCUCUGAGCUUCGAUGACGAAAAGAAGAAGUUGGCACUUGUGAGGCAGGUUGCCGACGAGAUCUGGGGUGAGCCUUAAAUCAGCAUUAUGCGGUAACAGAGCCGUGAUAUAUCCAAUGACGGGAGUAAAGGAAACGGAAUGACGAAGCAACAGACAAUUAAGAAAAGGAGAAGAGAAAAGAAAAAGAAAAAGAACUACUGACCACUUCAGGAUGAGUUCAACACUGUAUCCAGAAGCCUCGCUGUACAUAUGUAGCAAAUACUUGAGCAGGAGACAAAUUGUGGCCAUGAAUGAGAUUAAAAUUCAGCU